GCCACCGUAUCGUUGUUUCGCAAAAAUGAAAUUCUAGUACUCGAGUCGAGGUUGAGUGUCGAGAGUAGAGUGCGUGGUGUCGUAACAUGGGACAAGCAAAAGGAUAUCGAUGUAGUAAUAUACGAAAGAGCGAUUGGGUUUGCGAUUGAGUUGACGAGAGUAGCAGACUGCCGAGCAGUAGAACAGGUAGUGAGUAGCGAGAAAACGAGAACGAUGAAGAAGAUACUCACUCGUCCACUUUUUAGUUUAAGUACUUGUCGUGUCCGCCCGAAGUCUUUUCGUUUGAAAUCUAGCCUACGCCCACCCGGCACACAAACAAUUGGUUUCGCUAUAACAACUCGAGUUCGUCCUGUAAUCGAGUAGCCAUAGUACUAUACUGCUACUGGGUCGUUUACUGCGGUGGAUGAAGUUACUACUCACGAUAAAUACACAGCUUAAAAAUUAUUCGUGUACACAUUCCUGAAGUAGCUCCUCCUGCGCACCACUAUUUCUGUUCCACAUACAUCGCAGCUUGCUAGGAUUCAACAAACACUGUCGCGCUUUCACUCUUCUGUCACUCUCUCCCCUUAUGGAUCGACGUUUCCCUCAACAAAAACUAAGCCAAUUAUUAGAGGUACAUCAAUUGAAUUCAAAUUCAUCUGUCCAGCUGCGACCGUUGUAUCGAUAGAGCUUGCAAUUUAGCCCUGUCUGUCGGUUUGUGCAUGUGUGACUGCAGCUAUGAGAAAUCGUUUUUGCGUACGUUCAGGUUGAAAUUGAGAGGCAUUUCUGUGGGUCGUGUGGCAGUAUAUCUCUGCAGUAGCAGAUAUUUUGGGUCGUCUACGCUUCACCUCAUGACCUACUUUCCAAAAAUAAAAGUGACUACGACCAAAUAACAACAACUUCUUCCACCGCUAAAAGUUAAGGCUAGAGUAAUAUCCCUACCCUCUCAUUUCUGGCUUAGGCUUAGCUAUGUUCGUUAGUACUCAAGCUCCUCCAGGGCCAGGAAGACGAGAAAGUCACGAAUACAUGCACGAAAGUUUGCAAGCAAGGCCAUUUCAAUUCACCACGAAACGAACCUUUUAGCGGGCGGAACGUUGCAUUUGCAAUUGCAGAUGCAAUAUUUUCGCAUUCAAGAAAAUCAAAAUCCUGACCACUCCUGUGAAACGAUAAAGACGAGAUAGAUGUUGAAUCAGCUUCGUGCAAGAACGAGAUCCCGCGGAGGUUGCUUCAGAUCUUCGGGUUUUUCUUUUCCACAUGCCUGAAGUUGAGACGACCGCCUUACCGCAUUUCCUCCUUCAGAACCCUCAACAGUACCAGGCAUUGCAUCAUCCUGCCACGAGUUCCUCCUCGUCCUCCUCUAGUGGACCUCAGCAACAAACGAAAGGGAAGAGCAUGUCCUGGCUCAAGGGACAGCCGCGGCCCUUGGCCGCCACUGGCAACAUGGUGUUCGGCCGGCUAACCAGUAAGGACCACUUGCGCCACUCCUCUGGCGAUCACAUGUUCUCGUCGCAGAGAGGGGGGCACAGUUACGACAAGGACGCUUUGCAAGGUAACUACACAAAAAAAAAUCGAGUCUUUUUUUCAUUUUUAUCACUAGAACCAACAUGAUCAUCUACAUCCCUGCGACUGCGCCGGCGGCUGCCCCUAGCCCUACGGCUACGUGUAUCUCCGCCUAGUUAUAAUUACUUAUGAAUUAGAAUUUUGUCGUCAGACAAACGGCACCAUCAGCUGCGCGAAUCAAUGACGCAUGACUUGAAGUCAAAGAAGUCUUUUUUGUGAUGAAAGAUGAAACAACUACUACUUUUGCUAUCAUGUCUCUCUAGGUCUUCUCGAGGGUGUGCGCACUUCAACUUACGGCCAGAGAAUGCGGAGCCUCGAGCAGAGUGGUCGCCUGAACGUGACGAAUCGGCGCGGAUCCCGCGGGCGAUCAGUAGACGAUCCGAACUUGGUUCACGACCCGCGCCGCGGGCGAACUAGCACGCCGAUUGCGACGAGGUACCAUGCCAACCACCACCGAACAAAGCAGGAUCGCGUCGUGAGUGCGCCGCACGGAACCAGUGGUCUCGAAAGUUCCUCGAAUCCGUGGAAUCAGCUGCCGCACGCGCACCAGCAGGGCCACGCGCAGCAACAGCAACAAGUGCCGUCGAGGCUCCAGAACUUGACGCUCGCAAACGGCUUCGGCUUCCGCACGGUCCGUGAGCCGAGCCACCGCCGCGGCAACCAGAACUCGAGCCAGCAGCACAGCCAGCAGCAGCGGGUGCACCAAUCGCAUAUGCUGCAGCACGGCGAGUCCCAGUCAGACGUCGAGCCCAUGCUGGACACGUACGGAAGCCUGCAGCACGCCCGGGGCGGCAGAAAUCACGCCUUUCACCAGUCGACUUCUUCCCUCCCGGGACUAAGCGACCACGGGCACCCAGGCGGGCCCCGCGGCAACCACCGGCACGAAAACAGGGGGGUGCAGCGGUCCGCGUCCCACGGCAGCCACGGGAACCCGCCCCGGCAGCACCCGGGAACGUCCAGCAUCGACCACUUUGAGCCCCAGUUUCAGCAGCAUGCGGCCCAACACGCGGCGCAACAGCAGGCAAACCAGAACGCGAACGCAAAUGCUCACGUCAUCAAGCCCCGUGCAUUCGGCUAUCAACUGUAAAAAUGUCUGGGUCUGGAAGAAUUCAUGUCUGUCAUGCUUGUCUGGCAUGACUCUUAAAUCUGUCAUGCGCGUUACCCAAGAGCUCCGCUUUUCUGUGAUGCAGAAGCGCAGUCUGUCAUGCAGAAUAGGCAACACCUAGGAGCUCAGAAACUUGUCAUGCUGAGCCAGCACUUAUGGCUUCCCCAUGAUACGCCACCCAGCAUCACAAGUUUCCAGACCCAGACAUUUUUACAUUUGAUAUCGGCGCCGAGGAUGCAAACCCCGGGUUCCGCCCGGCGAUGGAGGACGCGUUCAUCAUAAAGGACAACUUCGGCGGCGAUCUAUCCUGAGUAAAAACGUACCCACACCAGAGUUGUAAUGCAGAUUUGCAAAGACAGGAAGACUUGGAAUGCGCAUCCCCAUGAGAGCCAUUUCCAGUCGUGUUUUGGAAUUUGUGAUGCUGUGAACAGGAUGAGCAGAUGAAUCUGUGACGCGGCUGCACUUGCUAACCUGCACUACACUGCAGAGUGCAACUUGUCAUGCGUGACUCACAAAACUCCUAGGUUUGUGUUGCAAAAUCCCCAUCCUGACUCUGGUGUGGGUACGUUCUUACUCAGGAUGCGAUCCCUCGUGGAGUUACUACGGCUGCUACGACGGGCACGGCGGCAAGGCCGUGGUGGACUACACCCUCGCCCACCUGCACGAGAUCUUCCUCCAGGAGUUGCAGCAUGUGCACUUUGCCCACUCCCAGAUUCGCGGCGUGUUUGAGCGAUCCUUUCAAACGAUCGACACGCAGCUCCGGCAUCUCGGAUGCGCGUGGCACUGCGGCACGACGUGUACGGUCGGUUUAAUCUACACGCCACCCUCGCCGCCGGGGCAGGGAAACCAGCAGCAGCCCCCCAUCCGCACCCUGUUCAUCGGAAACGUGGGCGACAGCCGCGCCAGUCUGGUAAACAGCACCUCCGGCGGCGAGCGGCUCACCGUCGACCACAAGGCCAGCGACCCGGCAGAGCACGCUCGCGUCACCGCGGAGGGAGGCGUGAUUAGCAGGGGCCGCGUUGGUGGGCAGUUGAUGCUGACGAGGUAGUACAUUUCUCAACGUUUACUAUUGAUUACGUGAUGAAAAACGAUAAAGAACGAAAAGCAAUGCCGCGGUGCUGCAGCUAUUCUAUUCGCGCAACGAUCAAAAACAAGCCUGGUGAUAAGAUGUAUGUAAAGUAGUUGCACUUGCUUCUAGUUCUACUUGGAGGAACUGCCACACUUUUUCUGGCUUUGUCGAUUCGCGAUUUUUGAGAAGAUUGAUACUCCAAGAAGGAGUAGAAACUGAUUUUUAUGAAUUCACCUUCUCCUUCAGCACAAGCAUAAUUAACGAACUCGAACAUCGACAUAAUCGAUGUAACAAACACUAUCACAACUACUUCUACACAGAGCACUGGGCGACUUUGCGUUUAAGACAUCGGGUGUGACCUGCAAGCCUUACUACGCCCAGCGGGAGUUGAAGCCGGAUGAUGUGUGUGUGUGCCUGGCUACUGAUGGUCUCUGGGACGUGCUCGACGAGGACGAUGUCGCGCGUAUCGUGCUUGCCAGCAAGCACAACAGCGGUAAGGGAGACAAGCUCCGCCGGGUGGCUUCCAAUCUGUGCGACGUAGCCAAAAACCGCGGGUCCGCGGACAACAUCACGACCUGCGUCGUCUUCUUGUAGUCGAGAUGAAAAUAAAUUUAAAUGGAAAAGCAGACAGAUUUGCUCAACACACUUAGUAAUACUACCUGUAGUAGCUUCAUCACUGUAAACUUUACAAAUCAGAAGUGCAGAUGAUGAAGAUGGGUGACAAGAAAUGGUUGCGGACGCGGUGACGCGACAGCUGCUCAGGUAUUUAAGACGAGUCAGGAUUUUGGUUUUAUUGAAGCUGCAGAAGAAUUAUACCGUUGUAACCGUGAAUAUAGGGCUUCUUUGUUCACUUUUGGAAGACUGAAUGCGCAGAGUUGCAGCUGUCUCUUCAUGAAGUUCAAAAGGAAGCAAUACCAUCCUUCUUUCCAUCAUCGAUUGAUUCAGGUUGUCGCGUUACAGGCUUAGGAAGAUGGGAAUCGGAUAUCGCCAGCCCCAGCAACCUUGUCACAGCCUGCGUUAGUAUUUCACUCUCACUGAUGACUACAGACACAGAAGGUAGUGAACUGAUUUGCUUACAGAUACAGCGCAACCUAGUUUAUUUCAUCAUUUACAGAUUAUCUCAACGUUGAUUUGAACUUUAAUAUCGCAAAUAAUUGUUUUGCCACAAUAAUAAAUUAGACGCGGCAUCUAUUUCAAGGUUCUCGCAACAUCGUGUGGCUUCCUCUGCCUGGUAGUCUCCGGGCUGCAUCGGCAGGUUCACACUACAAAAAGACGUAGCGCUAAGAAAGGCACAGGAAUAAGACGAGCCCGCUUGUUCGUAGAAAUUCAAUACGUUUAAUUAUAUGUCUGUGUGAAAUCGAAAUCGAUGAGUGUUCCUAUGCCUAUUUCUAUCUGUGCUUUCCAGUUUAGCAAAGAUGAACUUAUCACCCUAAUUUCCUACUUCAACCAAAAUUGAGAUUUGCAGCUUUCCCUGCUGGCAUUCUGCACGGACCGCCUGCAUUGAUCUAUGCAAUGCUCGCUUGCCGGCGCCACUGAUUCAACAUGAACAGAAACAGUAAUCAACUUCAACAUCAACACAGCCGGAAGCACAGCAACUACGUCGAUGGAGCUUUUAGUGUUGCUGUUUAUCCAGCACCAGUGUCUGUCUCCAGUUCAUUAGCUCUUUAGCAACGCAGCAAAAAAUGCCAGCCCCAAUUUGCUGUACUUCAAUUUCAGUUGGUAGAAAUGUCAAUACAGUCGGUAUCAUUUUCAUUUCUACGCAAAGAAUUAAAUGCUCUGUGGUAAUUCAAAAAGAAAUUAAAGGUGACCUCCAAAUGUUAUUGUACAGACUAAAGCUUCAUCUCUAUUAGGUACUACUACCCUUAUCCAACAACUAAAAAAAUCUUUCACGUCGGAAGCGCAGGCCCGACGAACCUCUCACCACGCACGUGACCUAAAGAUGACCUGAAACAAGAAAUAUGUAGAUAUCAGGAUGAGCAAUUGAAUUGAAAUAAUUUUAAUUCUCAGACAAAAAAUGCCGAUAAUGAAACCGAUUCCGUGUAGCUGGCUGCGCUAAAACCCGUGCUGCUCGAUCUGAACAAUUUAUCAAAAUUAUCUUCCUC